AUGGCAGCCAGGAAUCGUAGAAAGAAUAACAAGAAAAAGUCCCUUUUGGUAACGAGUGCCGCUCAAGAAAAGAAUGCGACGUAUGUGCUCGUUGCAGAGGAAUUACAUAAAAAAACAAUCGAUCUAAACAUGGGUACUGAAACACCUUUAACGGAAAACCACGAGAAUCCUAUACCAGCGAAAGAAUUCAAGCACCAGCAAAAAUUAGAGCCAAUAGACGAACAUGAUGAUGGCGAAGACGAAUUAUCGAUAAAAUUUAAGUCCAUGACAAAAAGCUCGGGGCCUAUUACUGAGGCUGAAGUUCAAAAGCUGCUCCUAAGCUAUGCCUUCACAAGUGCUGCAAUACAGGAGGACGAAAACGAGAAAGAAUCGCGUCACUAUCCUAUUAAACCGCCUUCGCCAUCAGCUUCUUCUUUGUCCGCCUAUUUUCAAUCCUUCGUUGAAAAAUGCAAACAGGUUUUCUACAACUUCAGUCUGCAAACAGUAGAAAAAUUAAAUGCUCUACAAAAUAGCUUGUACGAAGUAUUUUGGAUUAUUUUUAUUUAUUUAAACUACUGGUUCCCCAAUGUGGGUGACUAUGUGAGCAAUACUUUUGGACAACAAGAUAGCAUUAUUAUUAGGAUUUCCCUAUCAAAGAGUCAUUUCCGUGCACUUCGUGAAAAAUCCAGUCAGAAAGUUCAGCAAGCAGUCAAGAAUAUCUACUUUUGUUUCCAAGAAAAGCCUUACCUGACAGCGUUCAAAGUCUCCUUUGCCAUUGGACUUGUUAUUCCGUGUUCCCUACUUUUUUUGAUAAUGGUUUCUACCGCUACAUUUUUCUUUUUUGUUUACUUAACCCUUUUCGUAGUGAUAGGUUUCUUCUCCUCAUUAUUCAUAAUACCCUUAUUGGGCAUUUCCUUUGUGUUUGCCAUUGGCGUGGUAUCAUUUGGCUUCUGCAGCAACAUGAGUUUCAAAAUGGCCCAACUCAUUUAUGUCCGAGCUGACGCCUUCUUGAAAAAAGUCCUCGACAAAAUGGCCCUACAAACACAGCCGGCACAACUACAGGAACCACAGGAGCCACUUUCCACAUUAAGGCCAGUAUCUAAUCCAACUAUUCCAAGCCCAUUAAGACAAACGGCGCGCCCUUCUAAAUUCGUCACCGAAGAAGAUGUUAUUUUCGAACCUGUUAGUGCUCAAAGCGCCAUUGCCCGUUCAUUAGAGACUACUGCUAAUAAAGCGGGUAAUAAGUUCCAGCUCUCUUAA